AUGAACAUCCAACAAGCAUACCAGGACGCCAAGAAAGAGUAUGAUGAUGUGAAGGCGAAGCUGGAGAGGUUUGAUGAGCUAAGCAUCAAGACCGAGCUUAGCGUUGCAGAGAGGAAGGAUGAGAGAUCUCCAGAGAGUGAUGCAAAGAGACGUAGACAAGAAAUAUUCGAACACUACCCUCCUGAGGCACCGUCAGCUAGGGCAACUCCAUCAAAUUUUGCCAGGCUUCAGGGAAAUUUUGAAAAAGAUCAUCCAAUAUUACACUGUGGUCGCCCGCUUUGGACCAGUAUCGUGCCAAUCACAUUGCUGCAUCCCAUCUUCAGGAGUUUUCUGCAAAAACUUGAGACAUACGAGCCUAUGUCGGUAGAUAAUGCUUUCGUGCUUGAUCUUUCAAACUCGAUGUCAAAAUGGUAUGAGCACGAGAGAUUCCGCGCAGCCGCGUUCCACGGUCAUGCACUUGCGAACAACUAUCCUUAUCUUAUUACUGGGUGCAAGAAUGAGAUCGGCAACAGUGGUGCAGAUGCGUAUCUCCAAGGGGGACUCUAUUAUUAUGAAUUUAUGCACAAGCUGUCAUUGGAUGCCCCAGCCUCUACGCUACCAUGCUUACAUAUUUUCUACUUUGGUGCAUUCUUCGGUUUCACAGGUUCAGCAAUUAGUAAAAAUGGUGUCCACUUAGAAGUCUUGCUACCCGUUUACCUGGUCAUCUGGCAUCUGUAUGACACGAUCAUGCAGACUUGGACAGCACGAGUUUUUGGCGCAUUUAUGUGGACUGUAAACAAACUGCGCAGUUACUACGAGCACGGGCGACAUAAACCAUUAUGGAAGGGGACUUUUGUCAGUUUACCAAAUACGAACUUUCUGUAUAAGCAUGAGUAUGCGGUAGAUAAUGCUACCAUGAACUUCAAAUAUACUAAACAGCACAGUUCGGGGAAGUUAAUCUUUUUUGGCGAGACGACUGCUGGCGAUGUUAUAUGCAUUAAGUAUACUCGGAGUUAUUCAGCAGCAGCACACCGUUACCUUGCUUCAUUGGGUGUGGCACUGCGUUUGUGUGGCUUCGAACAACUUCCACACAAGUGGUACAUGGUAGUAAUGGACAUGAUGGAUCAAGCCUAUUUACCAUAUUCACAUCAGACUAAAGACAAAAUCAGCUUUCCAUCCAUUGAGGUACUCCGCCACCGAGUUGAGGAAGUUGUCAACACUUUUCAUGAACAGAACUUCGUCCAUGGUGAUUUGCGUGAUACAAACCUCUUUGUGCAAAAGAAUGGUGAGGGCAAAUUUAUGCUAAUCGACUUUGAUUGGUCAGGAAUGGCUGGUGAAGAUCAUGAUCUUGAUAUGCUUGAGAUUAUGUUUGGCAGAAGCGAACAGCCUGAAGUCAACCACCAUCCCAGUGAGGUUGACUAG